GCCGGACUUGGGAAUCCAUAUGCGAGUAUUCAACCUCGUGAGGCCCUGUGUACUUCUUGCGAUUGCUCGGUCUCUUGCUCGGUCUCACGCCGAACACCACUACACACGAGCUCAGACACUGUCAAUUCCGCAAAAGCAACCCUAAUAUGGCCAAAGUACUGCUAACUGGGGGCAACGGCUUCAUCGCCUCGCACGUCUUGGACAUUCUUCUUGAACAUGGGUUCCAAGUCGUUGUGACCGUAAGGUCAAACGAAAAGGGGCGCAAGCUCCUUCAGGCUUGCGAAAACGGCUUCAAGGAGAGGAUUUCGUAUGCCAUCGUCAAGGACAUCGCACAAGAAGGAGCGUUCGAUGAUGUAAUCAAGUCUGAACCAGACUUGGAAUUUGUCAUUCACACCGCUUCGCCAUUUCAUUUCAACAUUCAAGACCCGGUCAAGGACUUCCUCAAUCCGGCAAUCAAGGGAACCUCGGGCAUUCUCAAGUCCCUGAAAGCGUACAGCAACUCGGUCAAGCGUGUCGUCGUGACCUCGUCGUCUGCCGCAAUCCUCAACCCCUCCAACCACGCAGAUGUCUACGACGAGACGGUGUGGGGAACCACGACAUGGGAAGAAGCUAUUGAUCCGCGUCUUGCGUACAGGGCGAGCAAGAUAUACGCGGAAAGAGCAGCGUGGGCGUUUGUCCAGAACGAGAAACCCAGAUUCGAUCUAGUUGUUCUCAACCCUCCUUUAGUCUUCGGUCCUCCGCCACGACACCUCCGCGAUCUGACGGCGCUCAAUACCUCGAACCAUAGGAUCAGAGACAUGGUUCAGGGCAAGGCAAAAGACGGCCUGCCUCCCACCGGGCCGGUCUUCCUCUGGGUGGACGUGCGUGAUGCUGCCAUGGCACACGUGAGGGCGAUUGAAGUCCCGGAAGCUGGUGGGGAGAGGUUCUUCAUUGUGGCGGGUCACUUCUCCAACAAGAGGGUUGCGGAUAUUAUACGCGAGUGCUAUCCCGAGUUGGAGUCAAGACUGCCGCCGGUGGAUGCUGAUGCUGAGGAUAUGCCAGCUGACGUGUAUGGAUAUGACAACACGAAGUCUCGCAAGAUCUUGGGAAUAGCCUAUAGAGGCCUCGAGACAUGCAUAGAGGACUCGGUCAGGUCGAUGAUGGGGCCGGGGCUGCCGGCGGGGGAUGUUGCUGCUGAAGACAUGACGCUAGACGCGCGUGGAUACGACAAGACGAAGUCCCGUGGGAUAUUGGGAACGACGUACAGAGACAUCAAGACGCGUCUGGAGGGCUCAGUCAGAUCGACGGUGAAAGUAGGGUUGUAGGGUUCAACAGGAUGAAGUAAAUUACUAUGGUACGGAGGUCGCUACCAAAUGAAAGGGCCCACCGCCUUUCUUGGGGGUCGCUAGAACUUCAGUGGCACAAAACCCCUAGCAAUUUUUACAUGUGCUAAGUGCUAGUGGACAUGGCGCCUAAGUACCCUAUGAGUUUACUGGGAUUAUUCUGCCCGCAUUAAAAGGCGUAGCGACCUUCGUAGACGAAAUGACAUUUUCAAGUCAAUUGGAACAA